AUGGCAGAAACAGCCGCGAUUGACGUUCCCUCGACGUCAGGAAACAAUACCAUCUCUGAUGAAAAAAAUAAUGAACAAGUUGAAAGGAAGCAAACAGUGCUUGAAACACAUGGAUAUGCUAUCGGAAAAACUAUCGGGAACGGUUCAUAUGCAACAGUAAAAAUCGCUGAAUCGUAUCGACAUAAAUGUCAAGUAGCCAUCAAAAUAAUUUCAAAAUUCCAAGCGCCGUCCGAUUAUUUGAUGAAAUUCCUUCCAAGGGAAAUUGAAGUUAUCAAAGGUUUGAAGCAUCCUAACUUGAUCCGAUUUUUGCAAGCCAUUGAAACAACUCAUCGAGUCUAUAUUAUAAUGGAAUUUGCACAAAAUGGAAAUUUAUUAGACACAAUCCGUCGCGAUUUAUAUAUUGAUGAAAAAAGAAGCCGCAAAUGGUUCAAGCAACUUGUUGAUGCUGUUGAUUACUGUCACACACGCGGAAUUGUUCAUCGUUCAAACAUAAAAUUAUCGGACUUUGGAUUCGCACGGGGUCAAGUAACCAAAACCGACGGUACAAUAGUAUUAAGUGAAACAUUUUGCGGGAGUUAUGCCUACGCAUCACCAGAAAUCCUACGCGGUAUUCCUUAUCAGCCUCAGAUGUCUGAUAUCUGGUCACUGGGCGUCGUAUUGUACGCGAUGGUGUACGGUCGUCUUCCCUUUGACGAUAAAAAUUACGGACAACUUCUAAAGCAAGUGCAGAACCACGUUAAAUUUCCCAAAGACCCCAAAGUGUCCUACGCUUGCCGUUCAUUGAUCCGUAGGAUUUUAGUACCUCAGCAGUCGCGGAUUAAAAUGGACACUAUUAAAUCCGAUGAUUGGUUGCUUAGUGAUGCGCCAGUGGUAGACGAAAAGUCUACUCACGAUAGAAUUCUUGAUAUCUUACCAACUGAAACAAUUGCACAAAAGCCUCAAGAGAACAACCACGAGAUACUUAUGGACCGGAUGGUUCUUAUAGACAAGCAAUUGCAUCGUAAGAAGUAG